AUGGCAAAAGAGUUCGAUCGGGUACUUGCCGAAGCAAACGAAAUUAUCAAGAGUGCAAUUAAAUCACUGAACAGAUCAAAUGAUCCGAACGGGGAUUCAAAUGCGUUAGUUUUGUCCCUAACACAUCCACAAAAUAGUGAAAUAUUAAAAUGUACAGUGACACUACAUGGUUCCGAUAUUGUGGGUGGUGACGUAACGUAUAAAGCUGGUGGAAAAGUAACUCCGGCAAUGAACAAUGUAUUUAAAACAAGUAUUAUAACAUCACAAAUGAAAUAUUGGUUUCUUCAACAGAUGCACGAAUGUAAACAUCAUCUCGAGCGAGCAAUAAGAUAUAUUCAAUUAGCUGAUUUUGACCGUAAUUUCGAACAAAUGAAUAAAGCAGCUUAUGCAAUAUUUGCACCACCAAUUCCAGAGAAUAUGGCCUUUAGUUUUUAUAUUCAAGGAUCUAAGUUAUCAUUUGCUGUAUAUCAUUGUGGACAAGGAAAAACAAGUGGCUAUUUUAAACAUGUUGUUGAAGCAAAUGUACCAUCCAUUGCCAAUUUAUUGGCACAAUUAACCCAUAUUUUAUCGUUAUUACAACAUCUUCGAGAUAAAUUUCAAAUAUUUGAGGAGUAUCAGAAUGGUUCUGAUUGGAAAGCGAUGAUUGAACAAGAACAAGAACAACAAGAACAACAACAACAACAGAUCGAAAUUGAUGAUGCUAAUUCAAUUAUGUUGUGA